AUGUCCCUUCCGGGAGUUUUCCUAUUUUCGCACUAUGUCGAGAGCUUUUGGAGUACAUCUCCUCCUCUGCUGGACUGGUCGUGUGUGCCGACGCUGGUGCUUGCCGUGAUCGCGGUGGUGGUAGCUGUAACCGCGUUGCUAACGAGAACAUCGGAUGCUAAGCACUCGUGUCGUCUACCCGGCCCUCAGCCUCUUCCCUUCCUGGGAACCAGGUGGCUAUUCUGGAGUAGAUACAAAAUGAAUAAGCUGCACGAGGCUUAUGCAGACAUGUUCAAGCGUUAUGGGCCAGUGUUCAUGGAGACGACGCCAGGUGGUGUCGCCGUGGUGUCGAUAGCCGAGCGGACUGCUCUUGAGGCCGUACUGCGUUCGCCUGCUAAGAAACCUUACCGUCCGCCCACUGAGAUCGUGCAAAUGUACCGCAGAAGCAGACCAGACAGAUACGCAUCAACUGGACUCGUCAAUGAGCAGGGAGAAAAAUGGUACCACUUACGGCGCAACUUGACUACUGAUCUAACGAGUCCACAUACAAUGCAAAAUUUCCUUCCCCAAUUGAACACCAUCUCCGAUGACUUCUUGGAGCUACUGAAUACUUCUCGGCAGUCUGAUGGCACAGUAUACGCCUUCGAACAGCUGACAAACAGAAUGGGUCUUGAAUCGGUAUGCGGUCUGAUGCUGGGUUCAAGACUUGGGUUUCUCGAGCGAUGGAUGUCGGGACGUGCAAUGGCUCUGGCUGCUGCUGUCAAGAAUCACUUUCGAGCACAGAGGGACUCUUAUUACGGUGCUCCGCUUUGGAAAUUUGCUCCUACAGCGCUCUACAAGACAUUCGUUAAAAGCGAGGAAACUAUACACGCGAUAGUAUCGGAGCUGAUGGAGGAGGCAAAAUCUAAAACCACUGGUAUGGCCCAAGACGAGGCGAUACAAGAGAUUUUCCUCAAGAUACUAGAAAACCCAGCACUGGACAUGCGCGACAAGAAGGCUGCCAUUAUAGACUUCAUAACUGCCGGUAUUGAGACGCUAGCCAACAGUUUGGUGUUUCUUCUGUACCUACUGAGUGGUCGUCCAGAUUGGCAAAGACAAAUUAAUUCAGAACUACCACCGUAUACAAUGCUUUGCUCUGAAGAUUUGGCAGGAGCACCUUCGGUCAGAGCUGCGAUCAAUGAAGCUUUUAGACUAUUGCCUACAGCUCCAUUUCUUGCACGGCUCUUAGAUUCACCGAUGACGAUUGGAGGACACAAGAUCCCGCCUGGAACGUUUGUGCUCGCCCAUACGGCGGCGGCUUGUCGUAGAGAAGAAAACUUCUGGCGCGCGGAGGAAUAUCUUCCGGAGCGAUGGAUUAAAGUGCAGGAGCCGCACGCUUACUCGCUAGUGGCUCCAUUCGGACGCGGACGCAGGAUGUGUCCAGGGAAACGAUUUGUAGAACUCGAACUACAUUUGUUACUCGCAAAGAUAAUGCAAAAAUGGAGAGUGGAGUUCGACGGUGAACUGGACGUACAAUUCGACUUCCUGCUGUCAGCAAAAUCACCAGUCACGUUGCGUUUGGUCGAGUGGUAACCAUUUACCGUUAUUCGUUUUCUUUCCUCAAUAUGACACAAUAUAACUUGGUUUGUCUCUUAAAUUGCAUUAUUUGAUGCUAUUAUUGUGUUAAUUUAGAAUCGAUUUAACUGUAUUUGGAGCUUUUGUAAUGGAUGUUACAGACAGCGCUACAA